CAGGCUUCUUUCAGCUUGUCAUGAGCCUAUGAUCUCUAACAUCAUCCUAUUAUAUCUUUAAAACCCCUUGGACAACACAACCCUAGCUCGAAUCGGUUCAAGACAAAUCCAAGAUGAAGCUCAUCAUAACGAUUGUAGCAAUGACCCUGGACAUGGUGGUGACCGAAGUCACAGCAGCUAGAAGAGUGGUGACGAUCGCGGUACCACCAUGCGGAGCACUUGGCUACUGUGAAAGCAGAAUAGCUGGCUGUUCGCCAACCCCUCAUAACCGUGAUGCCAUCCCUGCCACCCCGUAUGGAGCAGCCAUAUGCAGAACCUUCUUCUGUCCCCCGGGCAGAUCGGUGAUGAUCAACCUCGUUCGUUUUCACAAUACGCCCCUAUAUUACUUUGAAAUCUCGUAA